AUGUUUCAGUUUGGUGGAAUUCCAUAUCCGGUCUUGCCCGGUGCUAAGCCUCCGUCACCAUGGUUUGCAGACCUUCGUUAUACCUUCGCCACACCUCUGCCUCACUCCUACCCAAAUGUGUAUGAUGAAGUGAUCAAAUCCGACAGAGUGGAUUCGGCAAUAGAAGUGGAAGAAGUUCGUACUCCAGAUGUCUCGGUUUACAAAAUAAAAAGGAAAGUGAAGAAGUUCUACUACGAAAUUCGAGCUACGUUGUCGCGGUUCAUCUGUAAAAUAUGUGGAUAUGUGCUUUACAAGGUAUUCCGCCGCUUGAUGACCCGUUUGCUUGUUUGUCCACAGCAGAUGGAGCGACUUGUUGAAGCUGAGAAGGUAACCUCGGUGUUCUACGAUGGCUUCGAUCUCACACAUCAUUUGCAGACGGGAAUACCACUUGUAUAUCUGCCUCUACAUCGUUCUCAUCUGGAUUAUCUGCUUAUAACUUGGGCCUCUUGGCUUCUUCGUGCAACUGGUGCGUUUUUCAUUCACCGAAGAGUUGAUGAGCAUGAUGAAACUGGCAAGGAUGCAAUCUACAGAGCUGUCCUUCACUCCUACAUAGAGCAAGUCUUGAAGAAAGGAAUGUGCAUAGAGUUCUUCUUAGAGGGCACUAGGUUGGUCUUGCUGUCUCUGUUAUUAUAUAAUGGACCAACAUGA